CCUUAACAAUCUGAUGUGAUCAUGAUUCACUUGAAUUGUUUAAGUAAAGAAUAGGCUGAAAAAAGUAUCUGCCGACUUGUGAAAACAUAUGUUCUCUUGGAUACUAAGGAAGCUUUUUUCCUUUUGGCAAAAUCGAAACAAAUCUUACACUUUAUUUGGUUUAUUAGUGGUGAUGGAGGACGGGUUUGUAGGGUUGAGGCACAUGUUGACGAUUGUGUUCCUCUCUGGCUUCGCAGGAUUCAUGGAAGCACCUGUGAUUACUGACGUCACCGUCGCCGCCGUUUGCUCCAGACCAGACGACUCAUGUUCUCUCGCUGUCUACCUCACCGGUUUCCAGCAAGUGGCAAUAGGGUUGGGGACUAUGGUAAUGAUGCCAGUAAUUGGGAAUCUAUCAGACAGAUAUGGGAUUAAAGCAAUUCUCACUCUUCCCAUGUGUCUCUCCAUUCUUCCUCCUGUAAUAUUAGGCUACAGAAGGGAUACACAUUUUUUCUACCUGUUUUACAUAAUCAAGAUUCUGACCGCUUUGGUAUGCGAAGGUGCCGUUGACUGCCUCGCCUUUGCUUAUGUGGGAGAAAAUAUUCACGACAGAACAAGAAUAUCAGCGUUUAGCAUUUUAGCUGGUAUCAAAAUGAUCUCUGCACUUUGCGGAACAUUAGUUGCUCGAUUUCUACCCGUAGCAUUGAUUUUUAAGGUUUCAGCUAUAUCUUUUCUUGUUGGUCUGUUGUACAUGAGAAUUUUCCUAAAGAAAAGGCUAAACAAUGAUGAAGUUCGUCAUCAUCAUCAAGAUGAGCACGCUAGCAGUGAUGUUACGAUGUUAGCAGAGCCGAUUCUAAAUGACGCAGCCAUUAAAACAAGGGUAUUUAACAAGAAGCAAUCUUCUUUGAAAGAUAUGAUAUUCUUGAUGAAAACUAGUACCAUAUUCGUGCAAGCAUUGGUUGUUACGUUCUUCAGCAGUUUCUCAGAUAGUGGAAUGCAGUCUGCUUUCUUGUAUUUUCUGAAAGCGCGUUUUGGAUUUGACAAGAACCAGUUUGCUGAUCUCCUGCUGUUGAUUACCAUCGUUGGGUCUAUCUCUCAACUGUUUGUACUGCCAAGAUUUGCCUCUAGCAUUGGAGAACGCAAACUUUUAUCAACAGGUCUUUUUAUGGAAUUUAUGAACAUGGCCAUUGUCAGCAUUUCUUGGGCACCAUGGGUUCCUUAUCUCACCACUGUGUUUGUACCUGGAGCCAUAAUUGUGAUGCCAUCAGUUUGUGGUAUUGCUUCAAGACAAGUCGGACCCGGUGAACAGGGGAAAGUGCAAGGAUGCAUAUCUGGAGUGAAGUCCUUUGGGAAAGUUGUGGCACCAUUUGUUUUCAGUCCACUGACAGCGUUGUUCCUCUCCAACAAUGCACCAUUUUAUUUCCCUGGAUUUAGCCUUCUGUGCAUCGCCUUAUCUUCGAUGAUUGGUUUCUUGCAGAGCCUACUGAUGAAAGAUGUACCUCCUCAAUCAUUGAACAAAGAAAUCAACAAUAGCUCGAGGGAGGAAGUGUGAUUACAGGAACUCACUAUUUAAGUAUAUAAAUAGUGUCAAUAUAGCAUGUAACAACUCAUCAAGUAUAUAAAGAGAGUGCUCUUGAUUGUGUGGCAAACAAGUAAACGAUUUCAGGAAACAAGAGAACAUGAUGAUUUGGCCUUUCUUUGGGGUUUUCAUGUAAGAAUAUUUUAUAUUCUUAUAUGACAUAUGUGUCUAUUGGUUCAGUAUAAAGAUCAAGUUCAUAUUAAUGUUAUGGAUUAUAAUAUAAAAAACGAUACCGUGA